AUGGCGCGACGACCGCACAUAACGCUGAUGCUCGUCGUCGGCGUCAUCCUUUUUGUGUUUACGACCUACAUGCUCUCCACGAGUGGCUCUUCAGCGGAAACACAACAUUCGGAAUCUUUCGAUUUGGGCGACCAUAAGAUUGCUAGCCACGACGACGGCAGCAAGCCCCCGUUUGGAAUAUCGGAUAACAUCCUCAAGGGCGGCUCUAUCGCUCCCAAGCUAGAGAACGCGACGGCCAAAGCCGAACUAGGCCGCGCUUCCUGGCGUCUCUUCCACACCAUGAUGGCGCGCUUCCCCGAGACCCCGACCGCCGACGAGUCGCUAGCCUUGAAAACCUACAUCCAGCUAUUCGCCCGCUUGUAUCCCUGUGGCGACUGCGCGUCGCACUUCCAGAAGCUGCUGAAGAAGUACCCGCCGCAGACGAGCGGGCGCAACGCGGCGGCCGGGUGGGCUUGCUUUGUGCAUAAUGAGGUCAACAAGCGCCUCAAGAAAGAGCAGUUUGACUGUAACAAUAUUGGGGAUUUCUAUGAUUGUGGCUGUGGGGAGGAAGGCGGUGCCAAAAAGCCCGAGGGGGAGGCUGGAGCUGGAGUUGGGGCUGGGGCUGGGGCAGAGGUAAAGACGGGGACAAAGGAGGGAGGGGAUCUCAAGAUGGAUUGGGUGAUGGAUGGGAGGACAAGUUAA